AUGGGGGAGGAUACAGACACUUACCAGGGUCAUAUGACUGACAGUGUCACCACAGAGGUCACGGGGUCACGCCCACAGGUCCCUCGUGGGAAGAUUAACUCGCGGCCACCCCGUCGGUCCCAGAAGGAGCUCGAGGCCUUCCCGGUCUGGUCCCUGAAGGAGGAGCUCGAGGCCUCCCGGUCUGUCCCAGAAGGAGCUCGCGGCCUCCCGGUCUGUCCAGAAGGAGCUCGCGGCUUCCCGUCGUCCCAGAAGGAGCUCGCGGCCUCCCGGUCUGUCCCAGAAGGAGCUCGCGGCCUCCCCGUCGGUCCCAGAAGGAGCUCGCGGCCUCCCGGUCUGUCUCAGAAGGAGCUCGCGGGCCUCCCGGUUCGCGGCCUCCCGUCCCCAGAAGGAGCUCGCGGCCUCCCCGUCGGUCAGAAGGAAGCUCGCGGCCUCCCGGUCUGUCCCAGAAAGGAGCUCGCGGCCUCCGGUCUGUCCCAGAAGGAGCUCGAAGCCUCCCGGUCGGUCCCAGAAGGAGCUCGCGGCCUCCCGGUCUGUCCCUUGAAGGAGCUCGAGGCCUCCCGGUCUGUCCCAGAAGGAGCUCGAGGCCUCCCCAGUCUGUCUCUCCCGGUCUGUCCCAGAAGGAGCUCGCGGCCUCCCGGUCUGUCCCAGAAGGAGCUCGCGGCCUCCCGGUCUGUCCCAGAAGGAGCUCGCGGCCUCCCGAGAGGAGCUCGAAGCCUCCCGCUGUCCCAGAAGGAGCUCGCGGCCUCCCGGUCUGUCCCUGAAGGAGCUCGAGGCCUCCCGCGUCUGUCCCAGAAGGAGCUCAGGCCCCAGUCUGUCCCUGAAGGGAGCUCGAGGCCUCCCGUCUGUCCCAGAAGGGCUCGCGGCCUCCGGUCUGUCCCAGAAGGAGCUCGCGGCCUUCCCGGUCUGUCCCAGAAGGAGCUCGCGGCCUCCCGGUCUGUCCCAGAAGGAGCUCGCGGCCUCCCGGUCUGUCCCAGAAGGAGCUCGCGGCCUCCCGGUCUGUCCCUGAAGAGCUCGAGGCCUCCCGGCUGUCCAGAAGAGCUCGAGGCCUCCCAGUCUGUCCCUGAAGGAGCUCUCCCGGUCUGUCCCAGAAGGAGCUCGCGGCCUCCCGGUCUGUCCCAGAAGGAGCUCGCGGCCUCCCGGUCUGUCCAGAAGAAGCUCGCGGCUCCCCGUCUGUCCCAGAAGGAGCUCGCGGCCUCCCGGUCUGUCCCAGAAGGAGCUUCGCGGCUCCCGGUCUGUCCCAGAAGGAGCUCGCGGCCUCCCGUCGGUCCUAGAAGGAGCUCGCGGCCCCCCGGUCUGUCCCAGAAGGAGCUCGCGGCCUCCCGUCUGUCUAGAAGGAGCUCGCGGCCUCCCCUGGUCGGUCCCAGAAGGAGCUGCGGCCUCCGGGUCUGUCCCCGGUCCGUCCCAGAAGGAGCUCGCGCCCUCCUCCCGGUCCUCGUCCCAGUAACUCGAGGCCUCCCCGUCGGUCCCAGAAGGAGCUCGCGGCCUCCCGGUCUGUCCCAGAAGGAGCUCGCGGCCUCCCGGUCUGUCCCAGAAGGAGCUCGCGGCUCCCGGUCUGUCCCAGAAGGAGCUCGCGGCCUCCCGGUCUGUCCCAGAAGGAGCUCGAAGCCUCCCGGUCUGUCCCAGAAGGAGCUCGCGGCCUCCCGUCUGGUCCCAGAAGGAGCUCGAGCCUCCCAGUCAAGGAGCUCGAGGCCUCCCGGUCUGUCCCGAAGGAGCUCGAAGCCUCCGGUCUGUCCCAGAAGGAGCCGCGGCCUCCCGGUCUGUCCCAGAAGGAGCUCGCGGCCUCCCGUCUGUCCCCAGAAGGAGCUCGAUCCCUCCCGGUCUGUCCCAGAAGGAGCUCGCGGCCUCCCGGUCUGUCCCAGGAACUCGAGGCCACCCCGCCUGUCCCAGAAGGAGCCCUCGGCCUCUCGGUCUGUCCCAGAAGGAGCUCGCGGCCUCCCGGUCUGUCCCAGAAGGAGCUCGCGGCCUCCCAGUCUGUCCCAGAAGGAGCUCGAAACCUCCCGGUCUGUCCCAGAAGGAGCUCGCGGCCUCCCGGUCGUCCCAGAAGAGCUCGGCCCCCGGUCCAGAAGGAGCUCGCGGCCGUCGUCCCAGAAGGAGCUCGCGGCCUCCCGGUCUGUCCCAGAAGGAGCUCGCGCCUCCCGGUCUCGCGGCCUCCCAGAAGGAGCUCGCGGCCUCCCGGUCUGUCCCAGAAGGAGCUCGCGGCCUCCCGGUCGGUCCCAGAAGGAGCUCGCGGCCUCCCCGUCUGUCCCAGAAGGAGCUCGCGGCCUCCCGUUCGUCCCAGAAGGAGCUCGCGGGCCUCCCGGUCUGUCCCCGAAGGAGCUCGCGCCUCCCGGUCUGUCCCAGAAGGACUCGCGGCCUCCCGGUCUGUCCCAGAAGGAGCUCGCGGCCUCCCGGUCUGUCCCAGAAGGAGCUCGCGGCCUCCCGGUCUGUCCCAGAAGGAGCUCGCGGCCUCCCCGUCUGUCCAGAGAGCUCGCGGCCUCCCGGUCUGUCCCAGGAGCUCGAGCCCUCCCGGUCUGUCCCAGAAGGAGCUCGGCCUCCCGUCGGGUCCCAGAAGGAGCUCGCGGCCUCCCGGUCUGUCCUAGAAGGAGUUCUCCCGGUUCUCCCGGUCUGUCCCAGAAGGACUCGCGGCCCCCCGUCGUCCCAGAAGGAGCUCGCGCCUCCCGGUCUGUCCCAGAAGGAGCUCGCGGCCUCCCGGUCUGUCCCAGAAGAAGCUCGCGGCCUCCCCUCCUGUCCCAGAAGGAGCUCGCGGCCUCCCGUCUGUCCCAGGAGCUCGAGCCCUCCGUCUGUCCCAGAAGGAGCUCGCGCCUCCCGGUCUGUCCCAGAAGGAGCUCGCGGCCUCCCGGUCUGUCCCAGGAACUCGGGCCUCCCGGUCUGUCCCAGAAGGAGCUCGCGGCCACCCCGUCGGUCCCAGAAGGAGCUCGGAGCCUCCCGGUCUGUCCCAGGAACUCGAGGCCACCCCGCCUGUCCCAGAAGGAGCUCGCGGCCUCCCGGUCGUCCAGAAGGAGCUCGCGGCCUCCCGGUCUGUCCCAGAAGGAGCCCGCGGAACCGCCAGGCUCCUCGAGAGGAAGCCCGGGCGAGCGGCGGGGGGCGGCCGGGGCGGGGGGCGGAGGACCCGGGCCUCGCGCUGGGGGACCGACACCCAAUCACCAUAAAGAUGUGCAGCGCCAGAGAAAACUACCACAGAACUACCGCACAACUACCGGAAAACUACCCAAAAACGCCGGCAAAGCUAUUCAUGAACUACCCGAAAACUAUCGCAAAUCUAUUAAUGAACUACUGGAAAACUACCACAUACUACUGAAAACUACCACAGAACUACUAAAACUACCACAGAACUACCCUAAACUACCAACAGAACUACCGCAAAACUACUGGAAAACUACCGCAAACUACCACAGAACUACCGCAAAACUACCACAGAACAACCGCAAAAAACUACUAAAACUACCACAGAACUACAGCAAAUCUAUUAACGAACUACCCGAAAACUACCACAGAACUCCCGCAAAACUACCACAGAACUCCCUACACGAUGCACCUCGCUACGCUGCUGACACCAUGUACAAUCGAAUCGAUUACACCGACACCACAUGUAAUCCACCAGACACAUCAUAA